AUGAUAUUAAUGUUGGAGGACCUGAUGAUGGUGGUACUGUUGAAGGUUUGUCAGAAAGCUUUGUACCAGACUCUGGAGAUUGUGGCAGCACUUCAUGACAUUUUCUCAUACUUGUGCUGUUUUGCACGACUUGGAAACUCUCCUCUGAUUGGUUCUCAGAAAGUCCAGCCACUGGCAGCAGAGUGGGGAGGAUUCAAUGGCAUUGGUUCCGAGCUUCAGGAGAUUCAGGCUCAGAUAGACAACCUUCAAAAUCCACGGGAUCCUGCGAAAGUAGCUAAGCUUCUCGUUCUCAAAAGAGAAGUCAUGUUCUUGCAGUUUGAUGCUGCUGUUCGCCAUUUAAUCAGGGAAACUUUUUUGUCUGCUGGGAAUGUGACGGCAUUCCAAACAGUGACAGACAGUAUGCGCCAAGCACUGCCGGCCAUUAGUAACUCUGUAGUCAGCAGCCUGUAUGGGUCGUUGCUUCCUCUGCCACAGCCUCUAGAUGCAUGGAAUACCAGGGCCCCUGCACUCUUUCCCUGGAGAACUUUCUUAGCAAGAGAGGGAUUUGUCCCAGUGAUGCUCGGCAACUUUCAAACCAUCGAGUACAGUAUGCAGAUGUGCCUGUGCAAACUGAACGAUCGUGACCGUAAUGUUGCUAACGCUGAACUACUUAGUGUCUCUCUUUUGAUGGAAGACAUGAUGCAGAAUGGGAGUGAAGCUGUCCUGUUUAUCGGAAAGGAUGAGGAGCCAUGCGAUGAGUCAGUGACCAAAGCUGAGCAGGAAGAUGCAGUUGAAAAGGAAGAUGAAGAACAAUCCCCAGUCAGCAAAAUAGCACCCUCUUUGAAAGCAAAGGAGCCCAUAUCAGUGUACAUGGCGCUUAAAUCCUUCUUGAUAUUAUGGAAACAACUUGAGGUGUUUAAGGAGGAAUGGGGCAGGUUAAAGCUUAGUGUGGAGCAGAUCAACUCUGUGACCCUCUACAAACAAUUCUGCAAAGUUUACAGAUUAGAAAUCAUGUACCCAGCUAUGAAUGUAAUAGCCUGUCAGUUAGGCAUGGAAGAUAAGUAUGAAAGAAUGAUGAUGGACAACGAGCCACUACUCCCACCAAAGGGGACGUCAGAAGCGGAAGCAAAAGUUCAACAGCUACAUAAAAUUCUUGAAAGCAUGGAAUGUUACAUGAUCCAUGAGCUUCAGAAGAAAAUUGCAAAGGAGAUGACGCUUGUUAUGUCAGAAAGAGCAAGAGGAGAAGCAACUCUACCAAUAGAUGUUUGGAAACAUUCAGUUAUGACAGAAAACAUCUUGAUAGUGAGGCCUCAAAUUGUUGAAAACUUUGUUCAAAAAUUGAAGGAACAUUCACAAGAGACCGACAAAGAGAUUAUUUUCAGCAAAGAUCAUUUAAAAGACUGCCUUAUGGCUCUAGCCUGUGAUGUAAUGGAAAGGGAGCGCAGUAACUUUGAGACUUAUUCCAUGUGUUACGAAAACAUACUCCGUAGGGAGCACCAGCUGCUUUACCAGAAGGAACAGGAAAUGAAGGGAAUGCAGAGAUUCCGAACGCCAUCUACAACACCUGACUGCCAGUUAGCUGACCUCAGUCAUGAGAUAAUUAUAGAAAUCACAGCUCUCCGAGCAAAGCUGACCAACGUGGAAGAAGAGAAUUUGAGGCUGAAAGAAGAGAUCAGGAAAGAAGUGAGACAGGAAUAUGAUGCUUUGGGAAAGCUGGAUGAAUACCACAUCAACAUGAACAAAACAGUCAGUGAACUGAUCAGUGAAGUGAGAAGAAAAGGUGUGGAAAACAUGAUUAUCCUCAAGAGGAAGAUCGGCUCCACAAAGAACGAUGACACUUUAAAAGAGAACCUGGCACGGCAAGAUCAGCUGCAGUCUUUACGGGAAGAAAACAGUGAACUGCAGAGGUUGGUGUGUAAGCUGAAAACUCUGAGCUGCUGGAGACAAACUGUAAAGCAGAAGCAAUUCCAAAGAUCCUGCACUGCCUUGGAGCAGGAAGUCAUUAAAGUCAAGAAGGAUUAUCUCAAAAUUAAAAUGGUGGCGGAGGAAGAGGUGGUUUUACUGCGUCAGCAGCUCACAGCUCUGAGGAAAGCUCUGAGAAGAUCCCAGUCCGAGAAUGAGAAAAUGAAGAAAGAGCUGGAGAGAGAGAAAUGGCUGCUGAAGGAGUACGAACACCGGGCUUCUCAAGAGUUGAAGAGCAGACAACAACUGGACAGUAUGAAGGCAACCGACAUGGAGCGAAUGCUAAAUGACAUGGAGGAGAAGGAGCAGAAGUUCCAUGUGCUAAGCAAUGAGUUUGAGAGGUCUUCCAAAAUGGCUCAAAUACAUCACCAUAAGAUCGAUAAGGAGAUCAAACAGGUACGUUGUCAGUUGAUCCAUGAGCGCAACUUGAAACUGGAUGCCUUCCAGCGGGUCAGUGAAUUACAGAACCAGAUGUAUGACUUUGAGGCUGCUUUGUCUCAAAGAGGAAGUGUUGCAGAUACCUUGAAGAAAUCAUCUCUGUGUUGCAACGCAAGCAGCUUCAGAAGUGUGUUACCAGGUACUGGAUCACUGACUCCCUUUCGAACCCAUUCCUCAAUGAUGAUUUCCAGAGACCAUUAUCGGCGCUGGUUGACCACUGACUCAAAGACUAUUGAUUCUAGUGGAACCAUUACAGGUGAAGGAAGAAAGGUGCAAAGGCCAAAAACAGUCUAA